UCAAAGUGUAAUUUGAUCAUCUGCCACUAUAAAUUCACAUCGGAUAUUCUUCUUCAGUCUCGCUUCGCCACACUUCUCUCUGCUUCAUCUCAGAUUGCGGCAGCUCUUGAGGUUUCACUCCCCUUCAAGGGAGAGAUGAGCAACUUGGCGUCCGAUCGCAGUCUCUUCAUCGAGAGCGAGGAGGAGGAGGAGGAGGAAACGGAGGAUGGCGUCAAUGAGGAGGGAGGGCGAAGAGAGUCGCCAUCCGCCGCCGAAGAGGACUCCGAGAGUUCCGAUUCGUCUUCUUCUCCCGACGACGACGGCGAUAGCGGCAGUGCGCCCCGGAGCAGGCCAAGUUCGUACUCCACCAAUUGGCCCCAAAGUUACAGGCAAUCAAUGGACAUGUAUAGUAGUCUAACAUCACCAACCAUAGGAUUUCUGGGGACUCCAACGCUUAACAGAUUGUCCAAUUCCUUCAUUUCUUCCUCAUUUCGAUCAACCAAGCACACACCAGAAAUCAUUACAUCACUUAUAAAGCCUUUGUUGCCAACCACUGUUGCCGAUCAAGAACAACAUGAUGAAAUUGAAAGAAGGCAGAGCUCACAUACACUAUUACUGCCAUCAAGGAAGCCAUCCUUGGAGAAGAUACAAGAGAAGGUCUCUCAUGAAUUUUCGAUUGCCAAAAAUUGUUCCUACGGACAAGCGGUGCUCAACGGAAUUAAUGUGCUAUGUGGAGUUGGAAUUCUUUCUACUCCUUACGCUGUUAAAGAAGGAGGAUGGCUCAGCCUGUCCAUACUUCUCAUAUUUGCUUUGCUUUCCUGGUACACUGGCAUUCUUUUGCGCUGUUGCUUGGAUAGUGAAGAAGGACUUGAGACUUAUCCUGACAUUGGUCAGGCUGCAUUUGGCACUGCUGGUCGCCUUGUCAUUUCUAUAGUUCUCUACCUCGAGUUGUAUGCUUGCUGUAUUGAGUACAUUCUACUAGAGAGGGAUAACUUGUCAUCAUUGUUUCCAAAUGCUCAUCUGGAUUUAGGUGGAAUACAUAUGGACUCUCAUCUACUCUUUGCUAUAUUUACCACUCUUGUAGUUCUUCCCACAACAUGGCUCCGAGAUCUAAGUCUUCUUAGUUACAUAUCAGUUGGAGGAGUCAUUGCGUCUGUGCUAGUAGUCAUGAGCUUGUUUUGGGAGGGUGCAUUUGAUAAAGUGGGUUUCGAAAAUAAGGGAACUCUCCUAAACCUACAAGGUAUUCCUAUUGCUAUUGGCAUAUAUGGCUAUUGCUACUCCGGUCAUGCUGUCUUCCCAAACAUAUAUUCUUCAUUGAAGAAACCUACUCAGUUCCCAAUUGUGCUCUUUACAUGUUUUGCAGUUUGUACUCUCUUGUUUGCCGGGGCUGCUGCAUUGGGCUACACUAUGUUUGGGGAAUCGACCAUGUCACAAUUCACACUGAAUAUGCCACAGAAUCUUGUCGCCUCCAAAAUCGCUGUUUGGACUACAGUGGUGAAUCCAAUUACUAAAUAUGCGUUGACUAUCAUCCCUUUGGCAAUGAGUUUGGAGGAAUUGAUUCCAUCAAACCACAUGAAGACGUUUUUAUAUCCCAUUAUGAUAAGAACAACACUUGUCCUUUCUACACUGGGUGUGGCCCUUUCCGUUCCAUUCUUCGGAUUGGUGAUGGCUUUGGUUGGGUCUUCGCUUACAAUGCUCGUGUCUUUGAUUCUUCCAUGCGUUUGCUUUUUGAGCAUACUUCGAAGAAAAGUUACAAGGACUCAGGGGUUUCUGUGCAUUAUGAUCAUCACAAUCGGAGCGAGCUCUUCCGUUUGCGGCACAAUCUCAUCGUUAUCGAAGAUCAUAGACAAGUUGAACCAAUGAUUCACGAUGACAUGAAACGAUCGAAAGUUCUUAAAUCGCUACGUUAUUAUUGUAUAUUCGAUUCAGAGUGAUUUAAUUAGCUUUGCGUCAAUUGUUUUUUUUUUUAAAAAAUUCUGGAUCGAGAUGAAUAAAAUCUGGUAGCUCCGUUUAUUUAGAAUGCAAAAUGCAAAAUUUUCCAUUUA